UGAGAAACGAAACAGAAACUUCUGCCUCUCCCUCCUCCAACAGCAAAUUCCUCAUUCUGCCCCUUCCUGGGAUCUGCCCUGCCAGCCGACAGUAACCUGCCACCUCUAACUGCCCCUUCUACACUGCCCUGAGCAUGGGGGACACUGAUACAUUCCCAUUCCCUGUGGCCCUAGAGUGGAAUCUGGGGCCCGAGAAACUCAAGGAGCUGAAAAACAAACUGCUUGUGUAUUUCCAGAGCAAGAGCAAGUCUAACGGAGGGGAGUGUGUGAUCAGGGACCCCGACUGCACCCCCGGAUAUGUCCUCAUCCACUUCAGCCAAGAAACAGCGCAGCAGCAGGUUCUGCAGAGAGAGAGUCACACCCUGACGUUAUCGGGAGGAGAGAAACUGAAGUUACACGUCCGACUGCCCGGGGCAACUCCUCCCAUAGGGGGCAAGGAUCUUAAUAAUCAACAAUCACAAGAAAAUCUCCAGCAGCAGCUCGAUACAGAGGAUCCUCCCCAGGGACCAAAUACUGGAUCCCAUGAUUCCCCACCCCCCGUGAUCCUGAUCGGGAAUGUCCAGGACUCCUGCUCACUUGAGAUGUUAAACCUCUUGGUGGAGAGCGUCAGCGGGAAACAAGAGGACUCAGACUUCCACGUGGAGAUGAUUCCUGAGUUCUGCUCUGCUGCUCUCACCUUUACCUGUAACGUUGAUUUCUACAGUUUUAUGGGCGACUUCUCCAGGAACCACAGGGUUAAGCAACUGAAACUCACAGCGAAGCCUUUGGAGGCCACCAAUGUUAUCCGAGCUGAGAAUCUGCCCCCAAACACAGGCGAGGACCACCUGAUGAUUUACUUUGAGAGCCCACAGCACGGGGCGGGUAAAGUUGAGGACGUGGUGCUUUUUCCACAAGAGGAGGCUGCAGUUAUAACAUUUCAUGAUAAAGGAGCUGCAGAGAUGGUGAUGGCAAAGCAGCAUAUGUUUGGGAAGAAGCCGAUAUCCGUGUAUCCUUACUAUGAGUCCCUGGGUUUAACUCUGUAUGGGGAGAAGGGACCUUGUGUAACAUUACCUGAACCCCUGGAGGUGCCAGUCAGUCCGUAUGUACUGGAAUUCAUACUGGGAGACCCACAGAUAAAAGGCGACAUAGACAAGAAGAUGGCAGAUAAGAACUGUGAGAUGACAUGGCCAGAUCCAAACUGCCCCAAUCCCACCAUUAAACUGUCCAUCCCCAGCUCCAUAUCAUCUCAUCUCAGGACUGUGGCAAAGAUUGUACGGACAUGGAGAGAUCAGGUUUCUACAGAAUUCUCCCUUUUUAUUUCCAAGUUCAAAGUCGCAGAGUACGAUGUGAUUCCACCAGUUUGGGAAGCCAUCAAAGGAGAAGCCAGCAGCUCCACAUAUAGGGGGGUUUUGGUCAAACCAGACCUUUCCAAACACAAAGUCUUCCUUGCAGGACUCUCCAAAGUUAUGACUAAGGAAGAGGAAACUUUCAGGGCCCUGGUAGAAAAUACCACCAGGCAAAUUGAUAGACAAAAUAACAGCUUGGCCAAAGCCGUGCCGCUCUCUCCUGCUCGCUAUGAAAUCAUGAAAACCAAUGGCCUUGAGAAGAGCCUACAGAAAUCAUUUCCAAAAUUAAAGAUCUCCUAUGAUAUAGAAGCAAAGAAUAUUGAGCUCUAUGGGCUGAAAGAGGAAGUUUUGGGCUCCCAAUGUGAAAUACUAAGCAUGGAAAAAGGUUUCAAACGCAAACCCAUUACUCUCGAGGGUCACGUGGUAAAAUUCCUGCAGGCAGCAGGACAUGAAGAACUCUCAUGCUUUCUGUUCAUACGGCACAAUAUCAACGCAAUGUUUGAGGUUGAGGAUAAUGAAGUCGCUUUAACCGGACUCUCCAUGAAGGAUCUGUCAGAGGCAGAAGCACAGAUGGGCCGAGAGUUAGUCUGUAAGCAACUUACUGUAGAAGACAAGAUGAUUAUCCAAAAACAUGAGUGGAAAAGUUUGAAGAAAAAUUUACAUGAAACUUUGAAUGCUGAGAAACAAACCAUUGUGAUUGAGGAGUUUCCCCGAGGGGCAGAGAAUCAGGUGGUUAUUGCUGGUCUGGCUCCCAGUGUAGGGAAAGCUUCCCAACAGAUCCAUGACUUUCUGGAGAUGAACACUCCCAUACAGAAGGACAUUCCCGUCACAUCGGUGGCCGUUAUACAGUUUAUCAUGGAGAAGAAGGAACAGGACAUGAAUAAAAUAAAAAAGAAUGUUGAGAUUGCGAUGAAGCACAGGACUAUCUCCAUGUAUGGUCCGAGACCGUACGUUCAAGAGGCAGUCGGCCUUAUGGAAAAUGUGUUGGCCUCUCUGCACUGGGAUGUACUGGAGAUUAGGAAGCCAGGAGCCAAGAAGUUCUGCUUGAAGAACAAAGAGCUUCAUGUCAAUACAGCAAAGACUAAGUACAACUGUGUGAUACAUUUACAAGAGGACGGAGAAGAUGGGUUUAUUCCUGAUGUGAAGUGUGAGGGUGUCCUCCAUUAUCAAGUGAACCUGCCGGGUGGAGUGACCGUUGCAGUCUAUAAGGAUGACCUGGCCCGUCACUCUGUUGAUGUUGUGGUUAAUGCAGCCAAUGAGGAUCUGAAGCACAUAGGGGGGCUUGCAGGGGCCCUACUGAGAGCUGCGGGGCCCAAACUACAAACUGAUUGUGAUCAGAUUAUAAAAAUACGAGGGAGAUUAUCGGCUGGUGAUGCAGUGAUUACUGAUGCCGGGAAUCUGCCCUGCAAGCAGGUCAUACACGCUGUUGGGCCCGUAUGGAACGCGUUCUUUCCAGGGAAAUGUGACCGGCAGCUCCACAAAGCAAUAACCAGCUGCUUGGAUCUGGCUGCAAGGAAAGGACACCGCUCCAUCGGGAUCCCAGCUGUCAGCUCAGGGAUUUUUGGAUUUCCACUAAAAAGAUGCGUGACCCAUAUCCUGGGGUCCAUUAAGGCGUAUGUGGAGGACAACUCUGCCCACAGCACCAUCAAACAGAUCCAUCUCGUUGCUCUUGAGUCUGCCACCGUCCAGGCCUUUACUGAUGCUCUCAGAGCAGAAUCUGAACAGCUGAAAGUUGGAUCAGCACCAAAAGCAACAAGCGACGUCACAAUUAAUAAACGAGAGAAGUCGCCAUCACCAACCAGGGUCACCAACUCCCAGGAGCAGACAGUGACCACCAAUGAGGGGCUGAUCAUAAAGGUUAUCCAACAGGCGAUUGAAGACUCCACAACUGACGUCAUUGUGAACAACGUGGGGCAGAAGCUCCAGCUGAACGAAUGGCAGAUAAGCAGAGCCUUGGCCGCUCGGGCUGGACCUCAACUGCAGCAGCUUCUGUCCAAUAGCAGCCAAGGGGCAUCGGCGCCAAAUGGAUCAGUGUUCUCUACUGACGGCUGCAACCUCAACUGUGCGAAGGUUCUUCAUGUUGUGAUGCCACAAUGGGAUCGCAGGGUGGGAGAGAGGGUGCUCAGGAAAAGUAUAAAAUCCUGCCUGAAGCUGACUGAACAACAGAGCUUGCAAUCAAUAUCAAUUCCAGCCAUUGGCACGGGAAAACUGGGUUACCCUAAGGAUCUGGUGGCAGCGGUAACGUUUAAAGAAAUUUUACACUUUAGCUCUAAGGCACAAAGCCUCCAAGAAGUGAAUAUCGUCCUUCACCCGAGAGAUACAGAGAAUAUCCAGGUAUUCUCCAAGGAACUUCAGCGGCUCUGCAGGGAGGAUUCCCCGAGUGACACAAAUUCUCCCUCCAGAACAUCAUCGGAUUUCUUUGGAACGGUGACGAGCCCGGCGCUGGGGGUCCAUGAGAUGAGAAUCGGCCCCAUUACCUACCAAGUGAAGACCGGAGACAUCACCAAGGAGAAUACGGAUAUUAUUGUCAAUUCCACAAACAAUUCCUUCACCCUCCAAUCAGGGGUCUCUAAAGCAAUUCUGGAUGCGGCCGGACCAAGUGUUACACUAGAAUGUCAGCAGCUCGGGGGAAACCCUUCCGUUGCCUCUUCCUCAGCGAUGGGCAAGAUGGCUGCUCUGCUCUCUGGGCUUCCAUACGGGACACAGGGUCAGACAAGUUUCAUCCUGACUCAGAGUGGGAACCUCCAGUGCACAAAUAUCCUCCAUGUGGUGGGACAGACCGACCCGAAAUGUAUCCAGAGGUGCGUCCUGGAUGUCCUGCAGGAGUGCAACAGGCUGCAAAUGGCUUCCGUUGCCCUCCCAGCCAUGGGCACAGGUGCGGGGCAAGUUCCUGCCAGUAUCGUUGCCGGCGCCAUGUUGGACGGAGUGGAGGAUUUUGUUAAAUCCCAAGCGGCACCGUCAGUUACGACUGUCAGAAUUGUCAUCUUCCAGCAGCCCAUGCUGAGCGACUUCUACACGAGCAUGAAGGGGAAGGAAGGGACAGCCGUGUCGCAGCCACAGUCCAUGUUCAGCAAACUCUACUCCUGGGCUCUACCAGCCAAGAAGAAGCCCACCCAGAAGUUGACGGCAUUUCAAUUGACUGAUAACAUUGAUCCGGCCAUUAUACACCUCUGUGCGGCCAAUAAACAGGAGGUCAGCGACACCAGGUUGUGGCUGGGGAAACUAAUUCUAGACGAGCAGUCUGAGGAGGUUCUCCAGGAUGAGUGGGUCGGAGACUUUGAAGAGGCCGAGCAACAGGCACUAUCAGAUUUACAGAAGAGGCUACAGGUCUUUAUUGAGUAUGAACCUUCCACUCCUUCUGUGAAGGUCUCGGGCCUCACCAGGGAUGUCAUGGAGGCCACCAAGGAAAUCCAGGCCAUGAUAAAGCAAAUAAGGGACCAGAGAACCACGGAACGUGAGGCUGAGCUGUACAGUAACCUGGUGGAAUGGAGCUACCAUGAUGGCAGGAGAAUGGUCCCAUUCGAUAAACUGACAAACCUACAACUGGAGGAGGCGGCAAGUGAGAAGAAGCGCCAGGUUACUGUGAGGGUGAAGGGAAUGGAACUCACUGUUGAUAUAAACAACAGAAAGGCUACAGACUCUCGCGGAAACACCAAGGAGAUCAGGCGGGUGGCCAAACACGAAGGAGAGACCUUGAAUUUACCUCAAAACUGGGAUCCAAUGGGGAAAGAGCAAGUCAAGGUGGUACAAUUGGCCGUUAAUUCCCCAGAAUACACCACUGUCCAGGGCAAAUUCGCCCAGACCUGCGCCAUGAACAUCCUUAAGAUUGAGCGGAUCCAGAACCAAGCUCUGUGGCAGAACUAUCAGAUCAAAAAGAACCAUCUUGACAACAAAUAUGGCGGCACCACCAACGAAAUGCAGCUGUUCCACGGCACCGACAGCGCUACAGUGCUCAACGUCAACCGCAACGGCUUCAACCGCAGCUUCGCUGGGAGGAACGCGGCCAUGAUUGGAAAUGGGACGUAUUUCGCGGUGAAUGCCAAUUACUCCGCGCAGGGCACCUACUCCCAACCCGAUGGGAAUGGGCACAAGCGGAUGUACCUGGCGCGGGUACUGACGGGAAAGUAUUGCCACGGUCAGCGUGGAAUGAUAACUCCUCCCCCCAGGAACCAGGCCGACCCAACGGAUCUGUACGACAGUGUAACGGACAAUCCCGCCGGUCCCUCCAUGUUUGUGAUCUUCAGUGACAUCCAGGCCUACCCCGAGUAUCUCAUCACCUUCUCCUGAGGGGCCCGGGGCAAACCAUGCACCUAUAGUCAGUGGGAGGGGCCUUAGGUUUCUGGGGGCCCCCCAGUGCCCAAUGAAGGUCCGUGUAGGCCCCGGGCUGAAUGUUACAUUGUGCCCACUGUUUCAUCCCACUAAUAAUAACAAACAGAACAGAGAUAUGAACUGUUUUGGCCAAUCAGCAGCUAGUCUGGUCUUCAGGGAUAUCCGGCCAAUAGAACCGGCCAAGUGCGGUAUUUACUCUGCCCGUGACACUGAGGAGCGGUGGGGGGGGGGCAGCUCAAGCUCAUAUUGAAUUGGUGCAGAAUCCGCUCUGCCUGGUCCCCCCCCAGCUCAGCUCCUGGGAUAUCUGAAUGGAUUUGCACUUACAUGUUUGUGGGGCGCAGUAUCAUUCGCUGCUGCACCCCCAUUAGGGGGAUAAUGAUCCCACCCCCAGAUACCAAUUAACUCCGUGUCAGUAGACAGAUAAUGACCCAGAUUUUGCCCUGUGAUAUAUGUACCCAGGAGGGGUAAGAAGGCGGGGCUUGACUCAGGGAAGGACAUGCCGGUGAGGCUGACACCCAAGUGCCUGUGUAUAAUGGUUACCGAGUCGCUGCUGCCAUAACAUUUUACAGUGCGGUUCCUUGAAACCACUGGACCUGGUACAAUCAGCACUUUUCUGCCAGUGGCAGACCCAGUGUCAGACCCAAUAAAAGUUCUGAUAUGAAA